AUGGCGGACGGGGACAGCGGCAGCGAGCGCGGCGGUGGAGCCGGGGGAGGCGGCGGCGGUGGCGGCGGCGCGGGGCCGGGCCCGGGGCGGGCGGAGCAGGAGACUCAGGAGCUGGCGUCCAAGCGGCUGGAUAUCCAGAACAAGCGGUUCUACUUGGACGUGAAGCAGAACGCCAAGGGCCGCUUCCUCAAGAUCGCCGAGGUGGGCGCCGGCGGGGCCAAGAGCCGCCUCACGCUGUCCAUGGCCGUGGCGGCUGAACUACGUGACGCGCUGGGCGACUUCAUCGAGCACUACGCGCAGUUGGGGCCCAGCCCCGCCGACCCUCUGCCUCCAGCCGGCGCCAGCUCGGCCUCGCCGCCCGACGAGCCGCCGCGCCGCGCGCUCAAGAGCGAGUUCCUGGUGCGGGAGAACCGCAAGUACUACCUGGACCUGAAGGAGAACCAGCGUGGCCGCUUCCUGCGCAUCCGCCAGACCCUCAACCGCGGCCCCGGGGCCUUUGCGGGCGCCUCUGGCCUGCAGAGUGGCCAGACCAUCGCGCUGCCCGCGCAGGGCCUCAUCGAGUUCCGCGAUGCCUUGGCCAAGCUGCUGGACGACUACGGGGCCGAGGACGAUGAGCCAGGGCUGGCGCUGGGUGGCGGCGCGGGGGCAGGCAGUGGAGAGCUGCCUGAGGGCACGUCCAUCACCGUGGACUCCAAGCGCUUCUUCUUUGACGUGGGCUGCAACAAGUAUGGUGUUUUCCUGCGUGUCAGCGAGGUCAAGCCAGCCUACCGCAACGCCAUCACCGUGCCCUACAAGGCUUGGGCCAAGUUCGGUGGUGCCUUCUGCCGCUAUGCUGAUGAGAUGCGCGACAUCCAGGAGCGCCAGCGCGACAAGCUGUAUGACCGCCGGCCGGGCACUGGGGGAGUUGGCGGAGGAGCGGGGCCUCCAGGGCCCGGCAGCGGGAGUGGUGCUGGUGACGACUCGGAGGCGGAUGAUGUGGAUGACGAUUGAGCCCCGCUAGGUGCCCCCGAGAGAGGAUGGACCCCCCCCACCCCAAGCCCUGCCAGCACCUAUGCCCCCACAAGCCUCACUGGACUGGGGGAUCCCACCGGAGCCCUGCUGGACUGGGGGAUCCCCCCAUCAGAGCUCUGUCAGCGCCCCCAAGUGUCUCGCUGGCCUGAGGGAUCCUGCCAGAGCCCUGCUGGAGUGUGGGAUCCUCCCCAUUGGAGGGGUGUCCUGCCAGCCGCCCCCGAGAGCUUCCCUGCACUUCAGGACUCCCCCAGAGCCCUGCUGGAGUGGGCAAGCUCUGCCAGACUGGGGGAUCCCUCUGGAGCCCUGCCGGAGUGUGGGAUCCCUCUCCUCUCAGAGAGCUUGCCAGUGCCCCAAGACCCUUACCAGAUUGGGGGAUUCCCCUGGAGCCAUGCCAGAGUGGGGGAUCCCCUUGGAAAUCUGCUAGGCUGAGAGACCACCUCACCUUCCCUCCAGAGUUCUGCAAGUCUCCCUGGAAACUUCACUGGACUGCAGGACCUGCCAGCUCUCCCGCAUCGGAGCCCUGCCAGACUGGGAGGCCUGCUAGUGCCCUCAUCAGAGCUCCGCUGGACUGGGGGAAUCCUGCUGGACCGGAGGACUCUUCCCCACUCCCCAUCAGAGCUCUACCAGCCUGGAAGACCUGCCAUGACCCCCAUCAUCUUGAGGCAAGCUGGGAACCUCCCAUAUCUUCAGGGCCCUGAGAAGUGGGGGUGUCGUAUGGAUCCCCCCACCACCACCCUGCAUCCGUUGGAGAUGCUGCCUGCUCCACCAAUGAAACCAGCAUCCAGGCUGCUGCCGCUACCCAAAGAAAGACGGGUGGUGAUGGGGGGCAUCACCCUCCACUUAGAAAUCAACCAGAGGGGGCAGAAGACAGGGGCACAGAGGAGAGGUUGAGGGGCAUCUAGCGAGGGAUGAACCUAGUAUAGGGGGAAACCGGGGGUGGGUUGAUUUCUCUCUUUUUGGACCAAUGUCCUGGCUGAUCUUGGUUUCCUUUGCUGAAUGGCUGGUUUCCAUACUGGACCCCUAUUCUCCAGCACCCCUCUCAAGCAGCCUAUUCUCAGAGAAACCUGCCAGUUCUCUCCAGAGCUAAAGGACCCUUCUUUCUUUAUUUGGAUCCUUUUCUUCCCUUGAAUAUCUAUCCCAACACCUUCAACACAGGGCUGCAAAGAGAGGGUAAAUUGAAGACAAAAAAUCGGGCACGAAGCACAAGGCAGCUAGGGGAAGAGAGAGGGGGCUGGGGGGAAGUUGCACCCCCCUCUUUUCUCUCCAAAUAAGGUUGUCUCUGAAGAGAAAUGGCUGGAAGAAAUCGGAGCCAACUGGCUCCUGGGGGGGGAGGGGUUGUAGGGAAAUCAGCAAGGAUGUGGCCUUCCAGCUGGGGUUGGAGAGUGGAGAGCAAAGGCAAAGGUUCCAGCCCAGUCCCCCCAGAUCUCUCAGUACCUCACAGCACAUUGUAUCAGCAACAACCACACGCCUGAGGGGCAGCCGGCGGGACUUUGCUCACGGCGGCCGAAGCCCCCAGCUCCACUAUGUGACUCUUGAAACGCCCUGGCGGCAUUGGAUUUCCCAACCACCUUGAGAUCUCAGCUGAAGCCAGCAAGUCCGAUCCUGGAGCUGAGCUGCAAGAGGGGUGAGGGGUUGGGAGGGAGCUGGGCAAGAAUCCCUCCUCCUUAGCUUUUAACUGGAUUUUUCACUUUUUUUUUUUUCUUUAGCUCAGUCCAGUCACUCGCCUCCCCCCCCUCUGCCAAGAGAAAGAUAGAAAAGCCAAGGUAUUUUCGCCGCGUGUUCGUAUCCUAGUCACUUGGAACUGAAUGGCAAGCGACACUGUUCAUUCCAAAGUUUCGGGUAUUCCUUGUGAGACACCGUAGGCUAUAUCAGUUGUUUGUUUUUGUUUUUUUUCUUAGCUGCAUGCCCGUCCUCUUGAUUUGAGCUGCCUUUUUAAUUUCAUGCAGACCCUGGUGUCCAUCUUCCCCUUAUUAUUUUGGGGGGGGAGGGGAAGGUAGUAUUGCUUCUCCCCUGUUCUUAGUUUUGUAUUUAUUGAAAACCACCAGCAUCAACAGCCAUUAUUUUUCUUCGUGGUUGUGGCUAGCUGGGGGUGGCACAGCAACAAAGGGGGAGAGGUUAAAAAAAUAUGUAGGCUAUAGGGUGUGCAGAAUUACCCCUAAUGUAGUAACCAAGUGAUCAGCCACCCCUAUGCAUCCAUUUUUUUUAUUUGGUUUUUGAAAGCAAUUCUCUAUUCCCAUGGUCCGUCACAGGUCUUUUUAACACGGAUUUUUAACUGAAAAUUUGACUCUCUCUUUUUUUCCUUCUUCUGAUGUCUCUCUUUUGGCUGCUUCUCCGUUGCAAAGAUCUGGGUUUCCUCAACUUCCCGGGAGCAAUAGUAUUUCUCAAUGUUUUAAUUACAUCCAACCUACUAGUACUGUAUUUUUGUACUCCGAGGCAGCUGUUUUGGAUAACGUCCUGCUGUAUUUUACCUAUGUAUUUUGUUCCAAACAUGUCUGGGUUCUUUGCAGCGGAGAACAUGCCUUGAUGAUUUUUCUUUUUUUAACAUGCUGGGUCCAGCAGAUACGAGCUGCUGAGAUCAAGUCAUGGCAACCUCUCAUUCCCUGAAUUAAGAAAUCAGAGGCAGCAAUGAAGACUCAAGGCUGCAAACCUUUGCUGUAUAUUGCUGUAAUUUGAUGAGGGGUAGUAAUAUUUUUUUUUCUCCUUCCAUCCAUUUUUUAAAUGAUGUAUAGACCAACUCAGUUUGUUGCUUCAGUGGUAAUAGACUCCUUUUUUUUUUUUUUUUCUCAGCUGCUGUGAGCCAGUUAAGUUUUUUGCAAAGGUGCAGACAGUACCUCUACUUUUCAAGAGAAAUAUUUUUAUUUUUUUUUUCCUGUUUCUGGCUGAAUGGCAGUACCUAGCCUUACCUUUCUACUCGAUGUGGUAGUGACGGGGCAGUGACAGUCCCUUGCCAGUGGCUGUAUCGGUUAGAAUCAGCUGCUUAGGAAGCACGUAGGAGCAGACAGCAGGCGCCAAAAAAGCUGCCCUCUGUGGCAUUCACUUUGGCACCCAGAGCUGGGGCGGCACGAUGAGUGAGGCAUCAACGUCCAAAACCCUACGGCGUGGUAUGACCUUCCAGCCCACCCUAGAAGGGGAGUGUGUUGGGGAGGAGGGGAGUAGUUAGAUAGGAUUCCAGGCCAGAGAGAAGUUGGGACCGACAUGUAGGCCCCUGUCUUCUUGAGAAGGGGCUUAGCUCCAAGCUUGUUUGGAACAGAGGUUUGUUAAAGGCAUGGCCGGGAGGGGGGGAAUGGAGAAGGGAGUUGGCUUGCAGGAUUCAUAGGGCUGUUGUUUAUUCUCCUCAGGCUUGCCCCUUUUAAGACCAAUAACAGGCAAAGAACAUUACCCUCCCCUCCCCUGCCCCAACCCACCCCACCCCAACCCAACCCAAAUAUCUGUUGGCAUAGAUAUCCCCCUUUCCCACCCUACAUUCUGAACAAGCCCAGCUGAUGUAGGAGGGACAAAACCUGAAGUUUUACCCCACUUCUGUGCCCCAAAGAGGUGAUAACAAUCUACCCAUCUCCCCUCCACAGCCAGAAGGCUUGGACGCUUCUCCUCUAUAUAUAAAGAGAGAGAGAGGUUUUUUUCCCUCUCUUCCAUAGGGACAAAAUCCCUUUGAAGGAAAGCAGGAACCUUGCUAGAUCUCUCAACAUCUCUCUCCCUAUUACUAUUGUUAUUUUUUUUUUUCAUUUGAGCUUCCAGUCUUGACCCUGGAAAACCCCCUUCCAGACCGUCAUGAUGUCAAACCAUCUGCUGUACAAAAUCCUACCACAAAAUGUAAAUCUUGUAUAGCACCAAAAAAGAGAGAAAUAGAGAAAUAAAACUACCAUGUAAAUACUUGCGGCGCACAGGUCUCGGCACCCAGAUCUAGUGACAGAUGAACGUCCCAUUUUCCAAAGCCCUUUAUUGAAAAAGUGGGUGCCAGCUGGACCCAUAAAAGGAACCCGUUCUUUUCGGGUGGCAACCAGGAGAUCUUGUUCAGGAACAAGCGAGACUUCCUGCCUAAGUUUCUCUCCUGAUUUGUAAACCACUGAGUUUUAUCCCAUCUCGUUGACAAAGCUUCCGAGCACCGGGCACAAGAGCCUGGUGAAUCUAAUCCCCUCAUAUUGAGUGGUCUAUCCACGAUGCACCCUUCCAAUGUCAAAGCUGAGGGCGUCUGGCUAGAACCUGACUCCUUUUAAUUGGUUUUUUUCCCCCCAUCCAAGGCAUGGCGUAGAGCGUGACAGAUGCCAGUCAGGCCCCUCAAACUCUCUGGAGAGUGGCACGUUCUCGACUUGCAGGGGGAUUUUUUUCCGGUGGAAAAUACCGAAGCAUCCUGUAUGCACAGGUAUCAAAAAAAUAAAAAUGUGACUGAAUGAUCAUGGUACUAUCUGAUGCACCACGAAUCUCUCAGCAGAUAUUCAGGCCUAAAGCAGUGUGGCCUUGGCUAGUAAGUUUUUGUUCCAGGAAGGGGACCUGCAAAAAGAAAAGCUAACAAGUUCCCUUUAUUUAAAAAAAAAAAAAAGAAGAAAGGGCAUGUUUUUUCUCUUUCUUUCCUUGGCUGUGAAAUGUUGUAGUGAGACUGACUUGCUUUGUAGCUGACCAUUUCUUUUGAUUAUACCUCUUGCAGCAGGUAGGGAACCUCACAGCAUCUUGACUGCUGCCCUAUGCUACCCACUGCAUCUAGGCCUACUUCCUAUCUGGGCUGCCACAGCCAGAAUGCCCACAUGUUGGCUGUGGCAUAGAGAACUUUCAGGGCCCUGUCCCGUGUUCACUUGAAAGCUGGAGAGAACCAGCUAUAAAGUUGGUACAUGCUUUUGAGCACUAACUUGUAAUUAUGGCGUGAUAAUUGCUUUGCAUAUAUGGCCAGUUGAUCUUGUGUGACUGGGCGGUUGAUUGUGUGAUACGUAUAACGUGGCAGGGACCCCAAUUAAGGCUGUUGGUAUCUUCCUCAGAAGGCAGUUUGAUUAUGAGAUGGCCAUGCUAUAUAAGGGGUUGUAGUUCUAGGCAGCAAAUAGCUUCAGCUGAUCUGUCUGUCCCCUGUCUAUUCCACACACCCCCUUCCUGGCCUUCUCUCUCUCUCCCCCCAAAAUCAGGUGCUUGAGUAUUUUAGUCUGUGAAUGUCCAGCAAUAGUGGCCAGUCUUGCCUUGUGUGACCCCUGUCUGGGCAUGAGUAGUGCCCAUGGUGCUUUUAGGGUUUUUAACUAACUGUACAUCUGUGGCAUAAACUACCCCAAACUCCAAUUCUCCCCCCGCCCCUCUCCAUGUCUUACUGGGCCCCGUGGCUGUUUGUCACCUCCUGGGUCCUUUAGCUGUGCUUAGAGAAGCCCAUGUCUUGUCCUGUAACGCAUAGCAUUGCUUGCUGUUGACUGGAACCCUUGUACCUGAGAACAAGCUUGGAAAACCUGUCUGUAAGACUCACAUCUGUUUCUCUGAACUCUAUGCACCUGGCUGGGCUGGUAGCUUUAGGCAUUGCUAGUGUGGGUAACAGAAGCUGGAGAAAGAAACCCCAUCCAUCUUGUUGGAAUCUGCUGCAUCUUCUGUUUCGGGCCCUUUCUGAUGCCAGCUCACUUACGAAGAAAAAAAACACCCCCUUCCUCAAAUAGCCCCAUGGCAAAACACAAUCUCUCUUGCUAGUUCAUGGCCUGGUUAGGCCUUGUGCUACUUGAAAUCUCAGCUCUUGCAUGCUUGGUUUCUGAGCCAAAGAGCUUUGGCAUCGGAGUCAAGCAUCCAGAUAGCUGAAUGUGGUCACCAACUACCUACCUCUUCUGCCCAGAUACAUCGCUGCUUCCCAACCUGUGAGCCUGGGGCUGCCAUGGGGUGGUGCGGUCUCACAGUGGUCGCAGCUGACAGUACCACCAUUCAGCCUUCUGCCCCAAAGUUGUUUCUUUUUUGGGUCCUUUUAGAAACCAGGCUCCAUUUCGGGGAGGACCUCAAUCUCUUCCCCUGGCUGAAGAAGAUGGUCUCAAUGGUGCUGUGUUUAGCUCACGUCCACAUUUGGGGUACCUUUUAAAAAUCCCUGGGAUCGGUAAGCAACACUGGGUUAUCUUCUUGAACCUGACAAUAGCAGAGAAAUAACCUCCCUUGCCUGGAGGGAAUAGUGAAGACCUGAGUAGAGUUUUGCAAGUCUUUCUUUACAACCUACCCCCAGAUCAGCUUUGAUUAAGUGGGGAUGUGAGUCUUUGCCACUGCUAGUCUUCCUCACCCAUUUGGCCUCUCUCCAAUCCAGAGGCUUGAUUGAAAGCCACACCAUCUUGGCAAUCGAUUGCUUCCCCUAUGAGGCCAGUCAAGAUGCCUGGCACUUGGCAAGUCUCUUCUAACAUGCUGCUAUCUUAAUUUUAAUCUCUUACCUCAUGAAAGCAGCCCAGGAUGGUCUCUUUCCUCAAAGAGACUGUUGAUUGCUGGUGAACAUGGCAAAGUAGAGAGGUUUAUCUUUCAUUGGUAAGUUCCAUAGGCAAAAGAGGUAAUUCCAGGCUCUGGCCUUGUGUGUGGAAUAGUCUGUCUGGCCGGAGCGGGAAGGAAAGGACUCCUUUCUUGAACUCCUGCGAGAUCCAAGAGAAGGCAGUAGAGUCUGAUCUGUUUCUCUUCUCCCCAAUGCCCACAUAGCAGCCCCCAUUGUUAGCUCAGAGGUAAGCAAGGUUUGAUGAAGGUCCUGUAGAACUAGCCUAGGCUGUACCAGCCAUGGCUCAUUUGCUGGCUGGAGAGACAUGGAGGGUAGGUUCCUGCCAUGCUGAGGUGCUUUUGGCCACCUUUCCUGGCAUGUUAGAGGUAUGUUAGCCUGUGUUCCCUUCUUUAGUUUUGGCAUGGGCACUGAUAGAAAUUGGCAGUAGUGGCAUCAAAUCAAGAUUGUUGCAAGGGGCAUCUUGGCAUGGCGCCCCCAAGCAAGGGCCAGCAUCAUGUAAAGCAGCAGCAGUGGUAGCACUCACUAGGCUUCUGGGGCUUUUUCUCUGGACUGACUGCUCACAAAGGGCUGGGACCUGACUGUCCAUGUUUAAGCUGGGUGCCUGAUUCACUUCACUUGGUACAAAGUUCAGGAUCUCUUGUGUCUGCAACAGUAAUGGUGGGAUGCCGUGUGUGUGUGUCCAUGUGUAAAUAGACACAUAGCUGUACAUGGCUAUACACAGACAUCUAUAUACAUGCGUGUUGAUACACGAAAGACUUGUUCCCCUCGCUAGCUAGCUACAAUGUGCAAGUAGAUCAAUUUUUUAUAAGAGAAGCUCCCCUUAAAAAUUAUAUAAAAUAAUCUUUCUCUGUGUAAAUGGUAGGACUGAUUUCCAGAAUAUCUGCUGAGAGAGGAAAGGGAAAAAUAAUAUCCCCGGUUGGACUCAGAAGUACCAGGAAUGAGAGAGGGGGAAAACCAUAAGAGAAAAGAAAAGAAACAAAGGUUUAUUCCUCCUGGUUUAUUUUUUUAAGAAAAAGAAAAGAAGAAAAAAGGAAAGAUGCACUUUAACUGGCACCAAGAAAAAACCCGUGAAAGCUACAGAUCCAUUCGGACCCCAUUCCUAGCCCCCACCUGCCAACCCUCUGAUCAGUCCAGCAAAGUGCUGAGACGCCAACCCCUGCCAUGGAGCCGUCGGCGGAUGGUUCUGGCCCCGCUCCCGGGCUGGCGGGAGCCGGGGUAGAUUAUUAAAUAGUUGUCACAACCAGGCAGCCGGGGCUCCCCUUCCUAUCCCUGCUCCCCCGGUUGUCACCCAUCAAUUAAGGCAGAUCUGAAUCAUUACCACUAGCGAGCUAGCCAGAAACCGCAACCCUCCCCCAUCCUGGGCCCAGGUGACUGGGCCAGACCCCACCCAGCCCCCCGCUGUGCUAGUGAACGCUCGUACCGGUCGCAGGGUUUUGCAAAUGGAGUUUUACAGUCUAUAUUUAAAGAAGUGUAUGUUUGUAACAAAUAAAGUAUGCGGAAAAGUGAAUGAAAA